CUUUUAAGUAAAAAAACACAUGCCAAAAGGAGGCGGAGGAGGUGAGACCAAGUACCGGGGCAUUAGGCGCCGUCCAUGGGGUAAGUUUGCAGCCGAGAUUCGCGAUUCCUCGAGGGGUGGUGCCCGCAUUUGGCUCGGGACUUUUGAGACAGCUGAAGAGGCGGCACGAGCAUAUGAUCGUGCCGCCUUUCAAUUGAGGGGAAGACAAGCUAUGCUUAACUUCCCCAACGAGUUUCAUUCGAGUACUAAUGGUUUUGAGGCUUCCUCCGCCUCCCAGUCAGGGCAUUCUGCGGCGACAGUUUCGGGUGGAGAAGAGGAAGUUAUUGAGUUGGAGUGUUUGGAUAAUAAGCUCUUGGAGGAUCUUCUUGCACCGCAGAAAGAUGAUGGCCAAGGGAGUAAAAGUGGACACAAUUUACUUUAGAAAACCAACCAAUGUAAGAACAUGUCUCCAUUUUCUUCCACCAUUAAUUUGUAUUUUUUGAAAAAAAAGUAUAUGGGUUUAACAUACUUUUGUGUAU